CAUCCAACCAGCUUAGCUCUUAAUCUAAGCCCAGGCCUGCCUUUCUGCUUCUGCUCCUGCACGGCGUUGCUGCCGUUGCACGGGGAGGGACGGGAGCCCGGAGGCCGUACGAUCGAGCCCGCAAAGCGGCCGUACGCGCGGCGCACGCCUCUGUCGCGCUCCGCCCUGCCUUUCCACGCCCGCCGUGGAGGAGGCGAGCCAGCCAGCCCAGCCGCUCCCCCUUUUUCCAUCUUCCCCCGGCCCUGCCGCGCGGGGCCCACUCCGCCGCGCGUGCGCCAGCCGAGCCCGCCCCGAGCUCUGCGCCGUCGCCAUCGCCCGCCGUUGCCGUUUCGAUUCACUUGUUCGGUUCGGAGCAGAGGCGGGGGCCAUCUAUGGCGGACGCGGCGGGGGUGGCGGCGGCGGCGCCAGGGCUGCCCGUGGCGGCGGGGAGGGACAGGGACAAGGAUGACCGCCGCCGCUGGGCGUCCCGCUGCGGCUUCGCCGUCCUCGGGAUCAUGAGCACGCUCCUCGUCUACGGCGUCCUCCAGGAAAAGAUCAUGAGAAUUCCCUAUGGAGUAGAGAAGGAGUUCUUCAGAUACUCACUUUUUCUUGUUUUUUGUAACCGCAUUACCACAUCCAUGGUGUCUGCAAUGGUGUUACUGGCAAGUAAGAAAUCCUUGGAUCCUGUGGCUCCAUUACAUAAAUAUGGUGUUGUCUCCAUAUCAAAUAUACUGACCACGACCUGCCAGUAUGAGGCCCUCAAGUAUGUCAGUUUCCCUGUCCAAACGCUUGCCAAAUGUGCGAAGAUGAUACCUGUCAUGAUCUGGGGCACAAUAAUAAUGAGAAAGAAGUAUGGUGGAAAAGAUUACUUCUUUGCUGUCAUCGUAACCCUGGGUUGCUCAUUGUUCAUUCUAUACCCGGCCUCGAUGGAUGUCAGUCCAUUCAACAAAGGCAGAGAAAGCACUAUUUGGGGUGUUUCACUCAUGCUUGGUUAUCUUGGUUUUGAUGGUUUCACAAGCACGUUCCAAGAUAAACUCUUCAAAGGGUAUGACAUGGAAAUACACAACCAAAUAUUCUACACGACAAUGUGCUCCUGUGUUCUUAGUUUAAGUGGGCUGAUUCUCCAGAAUCAUCUGAUUCCAGCUGUGGACUUUAUGUUUCGUCAUCCAGAUUGCUUCUCUGACGUCGUAAUCCUAUCCAGUGUUGCAACAGCUAGUCAGUUCUUCAUAUCCUACACCAUUCGAACAUUUGGAGCUCUCACAUUUGCUACUAUAAUGACAACUAGACAGCUGGUGAGCAUAUUGCUGUCAUGUGUCUGGUUUGUGCAUCCUCUCAGCUGGAUGCAGUGGGUUGGCGCAGCGAUUGUAUUUGGAGCUCUGUACACAAGGAGCUUCUUCAGAAGCAAACCGCAGAAGCCAGCGGUUGCAAGCCCACCACGCGGUUCUAGCCCGAAUCCUCCUAACAACAGUUGACAAAAUAACAUAGAAAAAAUUGACUUGUUGCUGUACCGGAACGAAGUCUGUGUCCGAGAUCAACGGCGUCAUGACAAGUUAACUGGGAAGAUAAAUUCCAGAUCUAGUUGUGUUACUACUCCCGGACCUGUAGGAGAUGAAGGUGGUCCUAUAGUGUUAGUUUAGCAUCAUCCAGAGAAAAAUUGUUCAGGCAGCCCAGCCUGGAUUAAGUGAGCUGGGCUUCCAAUUUUGUAGCUCAGCCAUUCUCCAUUGACAUGUAUCGCAAUAGUUUCCAUGACAAAAUGUAUUGUUAGUCCGUAGAAAAUUUUAUACCCGCAGCAUAAGCAUUGUGUAUAUUAAUCUAUCUUUAUUUGUGAGAAAAUGCUAUUUAUACA